AUGUCAACCCUAGACUUCGUUUCCAAAGCCACGUCAGCUUUUCAAGUAGCAACUACCAAGGCUAAGCGCGCAUUCACGGAUUUAAGACGCGACGCACCUCCGUCUGAAGCGCCGGCUCCAUCCAGCCUUCCGACAUCCCCACCAACACCCCCCCAGCCUUCUCAUGGGUGGGGUUAUCCGUGGUUGCUCAAGGCAAGCCCCAGGACCAGCCAUUCGGAAGAGCUCAGCAGAAGAGUCGCUGAGCUGUCAAAGGAACCCCAAAAGUUUCUCAUGGUGGGGGUUUCAGACGACCGCGCGGAGCACUACGUGAAUCUGGAGAGCGCGUUGCUCUCUGCUCCCGCCAUUCUCGAGGCGGACGAUCACCUGAGCAGAAUCUUUUCGGAAUUCGUGCCUCGGCUGGUCUCGGAACAUGAAUUUUGGAAGCGGUAUUUCUACGUGGUGGCGAAGGUGGAGCUGGAAUUGGAGCACGAGGAGGACUGGGGUGCUGCGGACCCGUCCCCCCUCGGCUCCCCUGCCAGUGUGGGAUCGCACGGACGGCUUUUCUCGCUUCCCAUGUGGCAUCCUAAGGAACGGGACCUGAAUGGGAGCACUUGCAGCGCGACGACGAGCGUGUGCAGCAUGGGAAACGUGGAUCCUCCGAACAUCCCACCCUCUGCACACCUGCGGAAUCUCGCCCAGGCUGUCAGCUACUCGGCUCCGUUUGCGACGCUCAAGGACCUGGUGAACCACAACGGCAAGUGGCCGGGCACUGCCCUCGCGCAGGCUGUGGGAGCUGGGAUUGGCCGAGCCUUCUCCCUCUCCUCCAUAUCGAAUGUAAACGACGUUGACACCACGGAUGACAUUAUUCAAAGGCUCCUAAGCUCAGGAGAAGAGGCUGCCUUUGAUUGCAGCUGCGACACUCUCAGCGGCAGCAGCAACGGCGCCACGAGCAACAGCAAGCCCCCGCAGGAAAAGCCGAGCGACGCCGCCCCGUCGGCAGCAACCGCCCUUGUGCACUCAGUGCACGGAGCAUAUCCGGACAGCUUUGUGGCGCAGGUGGCGGCGCUCAUGGCGGAGCUGCCUUCAGAAAAGGACAUGGCGCAGCUGUGGCUGGCACUGGUAGAGCAGCUGCGGGUGCGGUGGAAGCAGGGGGUGGCAGUGCCGCACGUGGGAGCGGGCAGGGACGGGCCGGACCUGCGGCUGUGCGAGGUGAUGCAGCACCUGCAGCUGCUCAACUGCUGCAUCGCCCGCCAGCGCAGACGCAAGGCUAUUGGGUUCGCGUGUAAGCUUCCAGGCUCAGCAGCAGCAGGAUCAGCAACAGCAGCAGGAACAGGUGCUACUGGUGGUGGUGUGGAUAGGGAUAGUAGCAGGAAGAUCAGGGAAUCUCUGUCAGAAGGUGCUGCUGGUGCUUCUGAUCGUUGUGAUGCUUCAGGGAGCGUUGCUGCGGUGAGAAGCGCGAGUUUUGGAGUAGACGUUUGCCAAGGAGGAGCAGAGGAGCAGAGCAGAGCAGAGGAGACACUGGAAGCACUGGGAGCUCGAGAUGCAGAUACUGAAUCUGCAAAUUGCAGCAGUGAAGGCACAUGUGUCGUGCCUGAAGCCGGGGGCAUGGAACCCUGUGAUUGCAUCACAAAACCACUGGAGGAAGCUCACACGGCAGCAGCAGCAGCAGCAGCAGCAGCAACGGCAGCAGGAGCAGCAGCUGGUGAUGACGUGGCAUCUGGGGCGGUCAGCAGUGCGAGUGUGCGUGCAGGGGAUGAUGAGCUGGCAGCGGGGCCGUGCUGGAAUCGAGACUGUCCAGGUCAGCACCUGUUCCUGUGUGACACAUGCUCCCUGCCAUGCGGGAAUCACCCACCAGGGGUGCAUGCUGGGCAGGAAGGCAGCAGAGCAGAAGCACAAGCAGCGCCAGUGGCAGCAGCAGGGGCAGUGGCAGGGGCAGCGGCAGGGGCAGCUGCAGGGGCAGUGGCAGGGGCAGCGGCAGGGGCAGCAGCAGCAGAGUAUCACCUAGACGCAUGCUAUGCGCGGGUGCAAUCAGGGAGGCGUGUGCUGCGGAGAGGCGUGAAGGAGCAGUCGAAGAGCCUACGGCUGCUGGAGACAGGCGAGCCUCUGUGCAUCCCUGUGACUCAGGACGGGCCGCUGAUGACCGAGUCUAGUGUGCGGGAGAGCGAGGAGCUUAUAAUGCGUACAAAGAGCUUUGGGACUGGUCACAAGCAACUCUUUUCAGACAUGCAAUCCUUCAAGGCGGCCAAUCCAGGGUGUGUCUUGGAGGACUUUGUUCGCUGGUACUCGCCCCCCGACUGGUCGCCACUCCCCCAGUCGCCCUCUGUCCACUCACCCUCUCCCCAUGCACCGUCCGCAAAACCUCCCACUGUACAAACACCCACUCGCGACUCUGCCUCGCUCCACUCCUCCUCCUCCUACACUCCUGAAAUUUCUCCAGCUGCAAAGGCUCCCUGUGCCUCGUCCUGUGCCGCGACUCACGGCCAGGCUGCAGAUAGUGCUUCGGGGGAAAGAAUCGACUGUACACCCAAAAAGACAGGGUAUCUCAGCGUGCGGAUGAAGGCUUCUGAUAACCUGUGGCAGCAGCUUUGGAACCGCGCUCGACCGCUGCCCAUCGCUCUGCAGCCCCCUUUGGUGGACUACGAUUAUGCUGCGGAAAAGAGCCUUACCUGGCUGGAGAGCAUCCCACCAUCGCACCUCUUUGCAGAGCUCUUCACCGUUCUCGUUGCCGUUGGCUUCUCUGCCGCUGCCUCCGCAUACCACACUCCCCCCAUUUCCUCCUCGUCUUCUCUCCCUUCAAGAAGAGGAGAUGGCUGGGUGCGUGUUAAUGGUUCAGAUGUCGCAGCAACAGCAUUGGGGCAGGAGGGGGAGGAGGAGGAGGAGGGGCAGGAAUGGGAGGGGGAAGAUGAGGAGGAAGAGGAGGCAUGUGUGCAGGCUGCAGCGGAUGGGCACAUCAGAGCACGUGUGGCGGAGUGCUGCCGUUACGUGGCUGGGGCAUGCACGAGAGGAAUGAGCGAGGACAAGAUGACCAACGUCUGCCUCGUGUAUGAGAUGAUGGAGGAUAUAGUGGUGGGGCCACAAGCCAAGGCCCCGCUCCCCAGAGCCAACACAUCGGCCUCUCAAGACGCCCAACCCGUCUCCACACUCAAGCCCUCGCUCCUGCAGCAGUGGCAGCAGUGGCACUCCAAACCCUCCGUCAAACCCCACAACACCCCCCACCACCACCCGCCCAUCGACGCUCACACAAUCGACCCUCUCCCAGAAAACGCCCUUCUGAGCAACGCUCACCCAAAUGACCCUCAUCGUAACAACUCUCACCAGAACGAGGAUGACCCUCACGCGUGCUCUGACUCAGAGCCAUACGACACACGAAGCCUCUCGGAUGCUUCAUGUGGGACAGGCGGUUUCUCCCCUGAGCCCAGCACGUCUCCUCGCAUUCACCCCCCCGCCAACACGCCUGCUCGUAGGUUCUCCCUCCUGGGAGCUGGCUCGAGCUUCCCUUCCUUUCCCUCGGCGGCUUUCAACACAAGCCCCAUGUUUGGUUCAAUCGACCUCUCGUCUCUGCAUCAGUACCAGCAGCAGCAGCCCCAGCAGCAGCAGCAGCAGCAGCAACAGCCGCCAAUCCAGCAACAGCAGGUGGUAGAAGAGGGUUCGACGGGUGAAAAGGAUGCCGUAGAGCCUGCAACUGCUCAGCUUUCUGCGUCGUCGAGUUUCGUUAACCGCGUGGCCAUGUGGGCUGGGCUUGGUGCUGCAGGGAGUGGGAGAGCUGCCGCUGCUGCUGCUGCUGCUGCCGCUGCCGCUGCCGCCGAUGCUACUGCUGCUACUGCCGAUGCUACCGCUGAUGCUGACGCCGCUGCCACUGCCAUAUCUGUGAAUGGUGCUGCUGCUGAUGAGUCAAGCUCGGCCGGUUUUGAAGAGACAAUGAGGGGAAACAAUGAGGGGGAAGCUGCCAAGGAGGAGCAUGAGGAUUCUGCUGAUGCUGAUGCUGAUGGUGCAACAGACCCGUGA